AGGUUCUUUGACAGCUCGGUACUCGACGUCAGGCUACUGUAUAGUGAUACUUGGCGACGUGUCAUCGACCAUUUAACUGUAUGAUAGUCGGUCUACACGGCAAGUGAAUCAUUCGUUUCAGGUUCAAGAUGGUGUUUAGACCCAGCGUGCUCUCUUUAUCUAGACAUUAAGGUUGCUGUCUAACUAAGCGGCGCUGCUGACGGCGAACUAGCAACUUGUUAGCUGGCUAGCAACAGGGAGCCUCCCAGCACUGUGAUGGCUAGCAAGUGUUAGCUACACCGUCUCACCGUGCCGUCAGGUUUGUCAUUGGUGAUCGAGGAUCAGCUGUAGCUCGCUGCCUCUUCUUGUUUACAUGGACACAGUCAGCUGAAGUGCUCUGGAGGCAUGUGGUGGUCGUAACAAUACUGGAUCAACCGCAGAAUAACCACAGUGGAAAUAUGGAAAUGGAUCUGGGAGGCAGCUAACGUACAGCCGACUGUCUACCAAUAUGAGGACGACCGGGACUCUAACGGAGGACGGCUGUGCCCGCUGGACUGUUUGACUUUCGUGUGGGCGUUGGGCUAGAGGACAGGGGGUUUGUUUGUCCCUAUUAAAGCUUAACCCCAUGCGAGACUACACGAAGAGAAGAGGAAAGAAACUGUUCUGGGAACUGGCCCACACGUCUGGCGCUGGGAUGAUGCUGAAGACCCUACUGAUCACCAGUCUUCUUGGCUGGGUGAAAAGUCAAGAGAGCCAGAGCAUGACCCCGGAAGAGAAGACUGUUGUCAGGGACCAGAUUAUAGAAAUGUUCGAUCACGCUUAUGGCAGUUACAUGAAAUAUGCCUAUCCAGCAGAUGAGCUGAUGCCUCUGAGCUGCAGAGGACGAGUCCGUGGCCAGGAGCCCAACAGAGGGGACAUAGAUGACUCAUUGGGGAAGUUUUCUCUCACACUGAUUGACACCCUUGAUACCCUGGUGGUAUUAAACAAGCUUGAUGAGUUUGAGGACGCAGUGAGGAAGACCGUGACGGAUGUACGCCUGGACAAUGAUGUGGUGGUGUCCGUGUUUGAGACCAACAUCAGAGUUUUAGGAGGGCUUUUGGGAGCCCACGUGAUGGCUGACCUUCUACGGCAGCGUGGGGAGAGGAUGCAGUGGUAUCGGGAUGAGCUCCUACACAUGGCCAAAGAGCUGGGCCAUCGAUUACUGCCUGCCUUUAACACCACAAGUGGCCUUCCCUAUCCUAAGGUGAAUCUGCGGUAUGGAGUCCUUAACCCACUUUCACGCACAGGCACUGAAUCGGACACCUGCACAGCAUGUGCUGGAACAAUGAUCCUGGAGUUUGCUGCCCUCAGCAGACUGUCAGGAGAGUCUGUGUUUGAGGCAAAUGCAAGGAAGGCUCUGGAUGUCCUCUGGGACAGGAGACAGAGAGGAAGUGACUUGGUGGGGACUGUUAUUAAUAUCCAUAAUGAAGAAUGGGUCCGAAGAGACAGUGGAGUUGGUGCUGGUAUUGAUUCAUACUAUGAAUAUCUGAUGAAGGCCUACAUUCUUCUAGGAGACAAUGUUUUUCUGGAGAGGUUCAACAUUCACUACAGUGCCAUUAUGAAGUACAUCAGCCAGCCUCCCCUGCUGCUCAAUGUACACAUGCACAACCCCACCGUGAGCGUGCGCAGCUGGAUGGAUUCUCUCCUGGCAUUCUUCCCUGGCCUACAGGUUUUAAGAGGAGAUCUGAAACCAGCUAUUGAGACUCAUGAAAUGCUUUACCAAGUCACCAAACAGCACAAAUUUCUUCCAGAGGCUUUCACUACAGAGUUUAGAGUUCACUGGGGCCAACACCUACUGAGACCAGAGUUUGCAGAAAGCACCUACUACCUCUAUAAGGCCACUGGCGACCCCUACUACCUCAGAGUGGGACAGUCCAUCGUGGAAAAGCUCAAUGCCUACGCCCGGGUGCCUUGCGGCUUUGCUGCUGUGCAAGAUGUCCGCACUGGGACACAUGAAGACAGGAUGGACUCGUUCUUUCUGGCUGAGAUGUUUAAAUACCUGUACCUGCUGUUUUCGGAGAAGGGCGAGCUGCCUAUCGAUAUUGACGACUACAUCUUUACCACGGAAGCUCACCUACUUCCUGUAUCUCUGUCCACCACCAAGCCGCCCUGUCAAGGCAACAAUACGGAGAGUGUUCCUGUCUCCCAAGAAGAAGAUCUGUUCACACAUUCCUGCCCCAGCAUGGAGACGUUGUUCCCCAACAACCCUUCAUUUGCCAAAACCAUCCGGGACGGCUACAAGUACCUCACUGGGGUGGGACGAGCAUUCCACCCCUUACCUGUCAGGGAAAUUGAACUACCCCUCCAUGAUAAUGGCAUGGAGCCAGUGGAGUUCUUGAAAAGCAUGGGCAUUUCUCUCACUCCACUAAAUGAGGUCAUUGCAGGAGGCGCUGGACGUCAUAGGGAACAUAAAGGAGUGUACCGAGUAAAACUUGUGGCAGAGGUAAGCCAGGCACCAGAGGAGGAGGAGGUGGUGCCUCAUGUUGUUCAGCUCAUAUCCCCACCAUUUCUGGGCAGGACGGUCCUCACGGCAGGACCUGCCAAGUUUGGAAUGGACCUCACCAAGCAGGAGCACGGGGUGAAGGGCAGCAUAGUGAAAGCCUCUCCCUACACUGCAUGUGGGCCAAUAGAUAAUGCAGUGGGGCUUAAAGGCCAUAUCGCUCUGGCGCUGCGUGGUGACUGCAUGUUCGCUGUAAAGGCUCGGCGGCUGCAGGAGGCCGGAGCCAUAGGAGUCAUCUUUAUAGACCACCGUGAGGGAAGUAAUAGCGAGGAAACACCACUCUUCCAAAUGGUUGGAGAUGGCGACUCCACUGAAGACAUCACCCUGCCUUUGGUCUUCCUGUUCAGCCGCGAGGGUGCCAUGCUCACAGCCGCUCUGGAGGAACAUCACAAUGUGGAUGUGCUGCUGCUGCCCAAGGAGAGGCAGCUGGGGCAUGAUAAGACAGAAAAACCUAUGGGCAUGAACAUCAAACUCCGCCUGGCAGAGGAGGGGGAGCUGGACGAAGGAGAAGAAAGAGGGCCCACCUUGGAGUUUGUCUUGGAGAAAGAGGAGGUUGUUCUUAAGGAAGAGGAGCUCAGAGGACAGCUUCAGUCGCAACAGCAGCAGCAGUUCUGCACACGAGUGGCAGAGAACGACAGAACUGAACCGUGUUCAGCAGGUUCUUCUCAAACCCAAAACUCUGACAGUGGACCAGACACAAACCCUUGACCACUGCUGAUCCCGAAGCAGCCAAGUUUCCUGACACUGAAUCCCUUGUCAGUUUCUGAAUGGCAGGUGCCUCAGAGCUCCUCACUGCCCUACAUGGAGCCCUAACUGACCCAGCCCGCAUGUUUACAACCGAGAGUCAAGCUCCCAUCCUGUCUUGACUUUAAAACCUAAGAUGGUUCUGUAUUUAUUAGACAGAGAGGCAACGUGGAGCUCUCAUUCUGUGUGGUGCAGAUCUCUUUGAAAUGAGAGAUCUAAACUAGGUAGUUACACGCCAAAAGCUGUAGGUUAGGAUGGUUGGGCAGGUGCUGCCCCCACCAAGCCUGUAGUGUUGCUAUUGUAGGCACAUACAAGGUGUUCGUGGUGAUAAUGACGUAAAUCAAUGACUUUAGAGUUUAAAAUUACCUCACCUUAGAGGAAAACAUAGAUAUGGCAAAAAUGUACUCAGCUAGGUUUUUAUGCAAUGCAGUUUGUUUUUAAUGUAGAUUGCACCUUUUCACUACUGUUAGAUAUUCAGCAACGUUGAAUGGAAUAUCACCUGGCCAGUAGGUGGAGUUAGCUACCAUAACUUCUCAGUAACAUAACAUCAGCAGAUGAAGGAAAUGAAAUGGGGCCAAUUUGGAGAGUUUAUUUUGUACUAGGAAGCAACUUCAGGGAAUUUCAAGAGUGAAUGCAGUUUGCUAGGUUGACCCAUUUGAUGAAAUGUGUGUGUGUGUGUGGUUGUGUGUUUGUGUUGGGUGUGUGUGUGUGUGUGUGUGGUUCGCCAUUUUUUUUUUUGCUAUAAUGUGUGUGUGUGUACAAGGUGUGUAACAACUAUGAUACCCAAGGAAGCAUCUCGACUAACACAUUCAUGCUAUCAGUUAAAAAAGUAAUCAUGCCAGGAAUUAAGAAUAAAAAGGUUGUGGGAUUGACCACUGGAAUCUUUUGAAAUUAAGUUUGGAUUUGAUUUGUAACAUUGCAAAAAUGACCAAAGCUGGUUUUCUUGCAACUGAAGUCUACAUGUAACUAAUGGUUAGUUCCAGAUACGGCAUCACAGGUUGGUCUGCAGUCCCUGGCUGCUGUGCACUUUGAAACACGGGUAUGAUCGCCUGUGGCAGAUUCAAACAGAAAUGAACAUUCAGCCUGUCUUUGCAUUGUGUGUUGCAAUGAGUCAUUUUAAUAUCAGUCAUUUGUCAUUGCAUUUACGUUGUAUAACGAUGCAAUGUUUAUACCCACCUUAAAAUUUAAGGAAAAAUCUACUUAAAAACAAAACAAUCUAAUAUUUAGUGACAUCCAUUGAGAUUGCUGGAGCACAGCGAGGUUUUUCCUAGAUUUAAAAUGGUAACAGUCAAACUGGAAAGGCCAAUUGAAUUAUGUACAUUGUCUGAUGUUGUAGGAUUGAUACAGUUAUACUCAGUGAAAAUUGGAUGCAUUUUGGAUCCAAUGUGGUUUUGUCAAGACUUAAAUGUACCUGCUGUUAGUCUCUCAUACUCCCUAAUCUAAUCCAUAUUUUGGGCAUUCUUAUGUGUAAUAACUAUAUGCAACAAUUCAGAUAAAAGCAUAACUCGGUGUUCACUUACUUCAUUCACAUUAAUAUUUUGUUGCAUGAUUUCUGUCUUUUGUGGUACAUGAAAUGUGAGCUUACGUUUGUGAGUCGAAAACGCUCUCUGUGCCAGAGUAUGUUUUCUUUUACGUUUGUGUAGUAGACCUAUUCCUGAUGCUGCUGAGUUUUCAAGUCUUAAUCCAACAUGACUUUUUUGUUUUUUGUUUAGCCUGUAUAAGGCUUUGCCAACCCAUAUACCUCAGGACUGAGUACUGUGGACUGUGUUCUCUGUUCACACAGAGAAAAAGCACCAUGGACAAGAAGUAGGGGAUUCUUUUAAUUAUUUUUAAUGCAAUUUAAUUUUGUGUUCAGCUGGUUUUUCAAGAUUUUGGUUGAUCUGUCACUGAAAGUUAAACAGUGCCAAAGGAGAAGCAUGACAUUGCUCCAAUUUCUGUUUCAUAUCUUCUCUGUAUUUAGUUUCUGACUGAGCUGAGGCAGUCCCGUCAAUAAAUUUAAAAUCACCAUUUCAA